GAAAAGAACGCUGGUGCCAUUUACCCGAGUGAGGACACUGAUUUGCCAACUAGUAAGGAUAGUUCCAAAAGGAAUGAAGCUUCUUCAGAAUUGCGUGCAUGGAAAUUUCUUUCCUCCCAAGGGGGGCGCAGAAGAAGAAGAGAAUUUGAAUCCAAGUCCUCCAUUGGAAUUCGGGGUCGAGACAUCCACUUUUGAAUCCAAGCCCUUCAACUAUUUUAAAUUUCUUUUUAUCUAUACAUUUUAGAGGUGGUGAGGUCUGCACAUUCACUUGUACCUAGCAGGGUAUCACCACCAACAUCUAUAUCUUGCAGCUCAUAUAUGCCCAAUGUUCAUAUAUGUCCAAGGUUGGGUGUUGUGUGUUUGGGUGUACUGGAUAUGAGCUGCUACCUCAUUUAGCCAAAUGAACUACCAAGAUAUAAGAAUGAUCAGGUCCACACGUUCCUAUGUGACUAUCAGAGUAGUUGUCGCCAAUAUUUAUUUCUUGGAAGCUCAUUUUGCAGCAUUAGCUGUUAUCCUGUACCCCCACCACCACCACACACGUGCACAUUUCAAGCAUGUUCUAGGGAUCUAAACAGGAAAACAUGGACGGACAACAAACUGUCAUGCGUCAAGUUCUGAAAACUGUACACAAAGCAGAACUUCCAUGCACAAUUCAUGUGUCUGACACAGUGCUGCUUCGCGUUUGAAGUGUCUGUGUACCAAGGUUACAUGUUGUAAUUCUGCAGUAUCUUCAGUAGUGAAGUUGGUUUGUGUUUUUGGUCGGCUCUUAAUAGAUUAAUUCUCUUCUAAGAAUUCUUUCAUAUGGUCUCUGACAUGAAUUCGGUUUUUAACUCUGUAUCAGGAUUAGACAAGGAGUCAUCAUUAAUAUCGUACUCAUAAUUUGCUUAGCCACAUUCCUUCUGUUGUUCGAUUGGUGUUCAUGGCGAAUCAUCAGGCAACCAUUGGGACCAUUUUACCUUACACAUCCUUUUCUGUUAUCAGCAGCUUUAUCAGCAAGUGCUGGAUGGUUUUAUGUUCCUAUAGUUGAUAGCAUGAAUAUUCAUCAAAUCCUUCGGAAAGAAGGCCCUACUAUGCACUACAUUAAAAAGGGAACCCCUACAAUGGGUGGAUUAUUUUUCAUACCAAUUGGCAUUGCUGUGGCUAGAGGUAUAGCUGGUCAGAGUUCUGCACAACUUUAUGGAGCAACAGUUGCAACUCUUGCAUUUGCAGCAAUUGGGUUAUUUGAUGAUUUACUUAGUUGUAUGAAAGGUCACAAUCAUGGAUUACCAGGAUGGAUUAAACUUAUGUUUCAGGUUACUAUUGGGACGUGGUUUUCCUUUUGGUUGGAAUCAACAAAUGUGACAACCCCAUACAACAUGAAGUUGGUAGUUCCUCUUCCUGCACCUCUUGGCCUUGUGCAUUUGGGGAAAGGCUAUCUGGUUUUGUCUGCAUUCUGUUUUGCUGCUAUGAGCAAUGGGGUUAACUUGACGGAUGGGCUUGAUGGCUUGGCUGGUGGGGUUUCCGCAUGGGCGUUUAUAGGAAUGUCGGUUGCUGUAAUUGCAAUAUGUCCUGACCUUGCUAUUUUUGGAGCAUCAAUGGCUGGAGCUUGUGUAGGAUUUCUGUAUCAUAAUAGGUACAAAGCUUCAAUAUUCAUGGGUGAUACUGGAUCCUUGGCAUUGGGUGGAGCCCUUGCUGCAAUGGCCUCUUGCACAGGAAUGUUUUUCCCAUUAUUUAUAUCCUCUGGUGUCUUCGUCAUGGAAGUAUUAUCAGUCAUAAUGCAGGUUUCCUUUGUGAAGGCCACCAAACAUCUGCAUGGGACUGGCAGGCGCUUCUUUCGGAUGGCACCUGUGCAUCACCAUUUUGAGUUAUGUGGUAUAAAAGAGCCAAUGAUUGUUGCAAGUGCAUACUUCAUAUCGUGCAUAUUUGCUCUGUUUGCUGGAUAUAUUGGUCUUAUUUCGGCUUAGAUUGAGACAUAUGGAACUCUUUUCUCAAGCUUUCCCGCAGUGUGUCUAUGCCUCUAUUAUAAUUUUUAGCACAUCAUUUGGUCCAACGUUUGCCUUCUCUCCAAGGUUGAAUUAUGGCAGACUCAGCCUCACCGAUUACUAUGGGUUGGCGUUUUACAUAGCAGUAAAGAUUUCAGCUGAAAAUUCAGAACUGCUCCUCCACUGGGAAAUGAGCAUUUGCUCAUUUUCUUUAUCUAUGCAGUCGAGGGUGGAAGUUCGAAAGUUUGUAGUCUCAAUAUUUGUUGUCCGUUUUUCAAUGUUCAACUUGUUUAAAUGUAUAGCUUUAGGUGAACUAGAAAUAUGGUAUUCUAAAGCAAAACAUUUGCACAAGGCCUGUUUAUCGAUAGGCAAUCUUAUUCCUUUGUUAUUUUGGUUAUUAUUCAUCUAAAUAGACGACAUCUAUAAAAUUCAAGUAUAUACAUUGAUGAACUUUGGAA